AUGAGGACGUUCCUCGUUCUCUUUGCCGUCUGCCUCUUCCUGGCGCCAGCCAGGAAUGGAUUUUUUGAUGAGAGAUGCUACAGGCUUAAAGGGAGAUGCGUUCGCUCUUGUCAGAAAAAUGAAGAACUUGUUGGUCUCUGCCAGAAGUCUCAGCAGUGCUGUCUGAUACUCCAGCCGUGCUGGAAAAGUUAAGAACUAGAGACCCCAGAGCAACACGGACGACCCAGACCAUCUUGUUUUCA